AUGGCAACCAAUAGUGAAAAUUUACCUGGUCAUGAAUCAGUUAUUAUCGAAAACGAUGAAGGAAUAAAUGCUGAGAGUAAUCGAACAAUUACUCAUAUCAAAAGUAAAUUUGUUAUUCCGAAGAAUAAUGAAUGUGUUCUUAUUGCUCCUCGUGGUUAUGAAGCUAUGAAUAUUGAUAUUGUCGAGAGAAAUAUCAAUUCCAUUCGUAAAAUACCUAAAAUUCAGAAGCAAAAAGAGACCGAUUCAAAACAAACAGAAAUAUCUGGUGACCUAUUCCAGUCGACAUUGGUUAUGCUUUUUCGUGAAGCUUUGAAGAAAAAGUAA